UCACAACUCAUAGCGAAUUUACACUCUGUCAAACAUAAACAAAAAACUGGCUCGAUUUUGCAAUUGCGUGUAUUUUGUUUAAUAUCUUAAUUUAUAAAGUUUUCAUUUUCCUUCCGAUCAGUAAUUCUUCAGUCGCAGUUCAUGUGCCGUUAUGAAAAUUAAAAUCAAAAAUUGGAUGGCAGUGGCGACAUGGCGUUGGGUAGCUAAUGAUGAAAAUUGUGGUAUUUGUCGUAUGCCCUUCGAAAAUUGUUGUACCGAAUGUACACUGCCUGGAGACGACUGUCCGUUAGUUUGGGGCGCUUGUUCGCAUUGCUUUCACAUGCAUUGCAUCGUCAAAUGGUUGAAUUCACAGCAUUUAAAUCAACAGUGCCCGAUGUGUCGACAAAAUUGGAAAUUCAAUGAUAAAUAGAACUGUGAGAACUGUUAAAUUUUGUAUCGAUGUUUGAAGAAAAUAUAACCAUCUAGUGUGUGCUGAUCGUG